CGCGACCUCAACGAAGCAGUACAGGCCGUCAAGUGGUGGCUCGACAGCGACAAGAACGACCGCUGGCUGGUUAUCUACGACAAUUACGACAAUCCGAGGCUAGGCGGAGGUGGAGACGGUGGGCCAAACGAGGGGCAGGGCGGGGGAUUGGAGGGCGAUAGAGAUGCGAACGUCGCCAAAGGGUACGACAUCCGGCCGUUUCUUCCCGAUGCUCAUCACGGCGCUAUCGUCAUCACGACGCGGUCAUCCAGAGUCACGGUCGGCCAUCGCAUCCCGAUUGGGAAGCUGAAAGACCUUGAGGACAGCCUUGAGAUUCUGGCUUACUCCUCGAACAGACACGAUCUACGCAAGGAUGUGGUCUGUAGAUGCCGCUGCAGUUCAACUUGCGUGGGAACUCGACGGACUGCCGCUUGCCCUCUCGACCGCUGGCGCCUAUCUCGAUAACGUGGCGACGACUUUCGCCGAAUACCUCGAGAUGUACCGAAAGUCGUGGCUCCGCCUGCAGAAGACUACCCCAGGGCUCCUCUCGUAUGAAAACCUGGCCCUGUACUCUACAUGGGACAUCUCGUACGCGCAGAUAGAGCAGCAGAACACGACGUCGGCGAGGCUACUGCGGCUCUGGGUGUACUUCGGCAACGAGGAUCUGUGGUUUGAGCUGCUGCUCAGGGGCCGCUUGAGUGGGCCGCAAUGGUUUCGAGAACUGACGGGGGGCGUGCUCAACUUUACAGAGGCGAUUCGAGUGCUGUGCGACUACGGGCUGGUCGAAGCGGACACGUCGUCGAAUGGACUGGGGACGGAGUCGCGGGACGAGUGGAUUCUGCACGCCCUAGGCAAUCUCUUCUUAUAUCAGGGCCGGCUCAGCGACGCCGAAGCUAUGUACGAGCGGGCACUCCGAGGUUACGAGAAGGCUCUGGGACGGGAACACACGUCGACGCUAAACACGGUCAACAAUCUCGGCAACCUCUAUAAUACUCAGGGACGGCUUAGCGAUGCCGAGGCUAUGUACGAGCGGGCACUUCGAGGCUAUGAGAAGGCGCUGGGGCCGGAACACACGUCGACGGUAGACACGGUCAACAAUCUCGGCAACAUCUAUGUAGAUCAGGGCCGUCUCGGCGACGCCGAGGCCAUGUACGAGCGGGCCCUGCGAGGCUACGAGAAGGCGCUGGGACCGGAACACACCGACGCCAAAGCCAUGUACAAGCGGGCACUUCGAGGCUACGAGAAGGCGCUGGGACCGGAAGACGUCAAUCUCUAUAUUCCGGCCCUCAAUACGAUCCAGAGCCUCGCCAAACUAUAUACUCAGUUGGGCAACCUUUCCGAAGCUAGGGUAUUGUAUCUACGUUGUCAAGGCGGGAGUUAAAGCUGUGUUUGGCGUUCAGCACGAACGAUACCAGGACGUGGCUCGGGACUUAGCGUCAUUAGAUUAGCAUCACAACUAGCCCUAUGUUCUGAAUCCAUGAUGAUCGG